GCCUGACCACAAUGCACCACUGCCUAUCGGAACACAGAUCUCCCAUUCAUUAUGCCUGUAUAAUGGACCAGCCCCCGGCACCACUUCACUUGGAUACAACAACAAAGCAAGGACACACUUUCUCUUUCUGUACGCAACGCCGGCUACGAGGGGCGAACGAGCCAUUUUUCCGGCUAGGAUUCCAAGGAGAAAGGUUUAGACACCAGUAAGAAUUCUUAUAGAGGUGCCAGGAAGAAGUACGAACCAUGGCGAAGGUGGUAAAGAGCACGACAACGCGGCCGCGCAUGGGGACACUGACCCGCGCCCUGUCCACGCUGUCAGCUGGCAGCAGUCUGCCACUGAGGAGAGCCCGGCUGGAGAGUUCCACGACCUCCGCGGCGUCCGAAGCGUCCGAUGACUUGGAGUUCAGGGAAAAAGUACCGCCGACGUACCAGUUAGAACCGGCCAAGAAGUUCUCCCAAACACAGGUGAAAACCGUGAUCCAGUCGGUUCUUGAGAACAAACUAGGCGAAGUGAGGUACGAAGACACUCCCGGUGGGACCAUGGCAAAGAGCCUGGCAGAUGCCAUCACAAAGGAAGUGAAGAAGAUCGGCUUCGACAGAUACAAGAUCGUGUGCACCGUCAGCUUUGGUCCGCUCAAGAACAGCAGUGUUAAAUAUGUCAGCAGGUGUGUGUGGAAUCCUCAGUUUGACAACUUUGCAGAGUACACCUACAGGAACAAGUCCUUGUACUGUGUGGGGACUGUGUAUGGGGUUUACAUGGAAUGAAGGGUUGAUAUUUGCUGAAUAUAUCUUUGAGGGCCUGUG